CGCAGGAUGUCACCGGCUUUAAGUUUUCGCCGUCAUGGCGCUAUCGGCACAUACGUAUCUACGAUCAGACGAGGGCUGCGCAGUCUAGAUCCGAGAAGUUUAUCUACUGUAGCUGGAAUUACCGGUCGGCAGUAUGUCCCAGGUCACAUCUUGCAAUCUGGAUCAGAACUGCUGCCUUUCACAACUGUCCAAGCAAGUUGUGAGGGCAAUUCCUACAUUCUCAAAUAUAUGCCCAACCGGAGAUGGUUUGAUCAUCUCCAGUCCGUCGCAGCAAACUUUGGUCACAGCUCUCGUCUAUUAAUGCCGGUCGAUUCCAAUGAACAAGAGUCCGCUGUGAUCCUCCCAAAAUUUUCGAACUCUUUAUCCAGGAUCAUAGAGAACAAUCUGGAAUUCCCUGACGGCGUGCGUAGUAAAGUUCUUGUCUCUGUUGCAGAGGCGAUUAAAGAAAUGCAUGACCAAGACUGGCUUCACCUGGAUAUUUGCCCAGACAACGUUCUGAUCAACUAUUCAAGUGAUGGGAACGGCGAAAAGACUGUCAAAAACGUUGCUCUAGGAGCUUUCGAGUGCGCUCACAAGCUAGACGAUGGCCUUGCUAUGUGUGUACAAUAUCCCAUCGGAGAUGUUACUUGGCGAAGCCUCGAAACUCAAACUGGCACAUUCAUCUCCAAAGCGUCGGAUAUAUAUUCCUUUGGACUUCUAUGUCUCUAUACUCUGGGUGCCAAGGACCUCUUGGUCUAUGACGAUGUUGAAGAGCUCCAAAAGAAGAAAUUCACCUUGCAGCAAGAAAUUCUCGCUCGCCAUCUCGCCCUGUUCGGACCAACCCUUCCUGAGGCACUUAUGUCAAGAAUCAAAAAAGAGAUAUGGCACAAGGAGCUCAACGCUGCCGCGACAGCUGCCUCUAAGACGCUUGAAAUGAACCCUAAGUGGAGCUUUCGCUACUGGGGUGGCUCAUUGGGACCAGAGGCAUAUGAUCUGUUCUCCAGAAUGACAAAUCUGAAUCCAUGGGCAAGACCUACCAUCGAACAAGUGUUGAAGCAUUCGGUUUGGGAUGAAGAUUGAUCAAGUGCUUGGAAAUGAAUCAAUACGAUUGAACGAAUCCACCUUAGUUCCAAAACGCGAAGGAUCCGCACGGCCGCCACCUAGGUUUCCCCAGCUACUACUGAUGACAUGACUCGGGGCGCCGGCACCGCAAGAAUCAUGUUGCUUUGGAAAGUUAUGGUUGUGGUCAUUGUUUCGUAUGCGGAGGCCAGAAAUCCGUGUGCGCAACCUUGUACACAGUUUCAGACGAUUGUACCACCAUACAGCACAUCUAUGUAGCAGAUCACUCCACUCUAUACAGUAGCAAAUGACAGCUCCACUCUAUUCAAUGACCUGCAUUUUUGUCCCUCGAUAAUUCAAUGAUUCCUUCCCACCGGAAUCUGUGGUUUCGCAGAGAUGACCGUGUUACACCACAAAAUGCGGGGUCUGCAUCACCACUUGUGCUCAACCCCAAUAUCUGGACGCUGGUAAUCCCCCCAUACUUCUGACUCGCAUCGCUCCGGCAAUUAUGGUCAGCCCUUUUACAUGCCAAUGUGACAAGUUAGCAGUUCUGUCAGAGGAGUUGAGAACCAGGUCUGCGGGUCGAUCGGCUGGCUUGCUACAUCCGCAGUCAGUACCCUAUACUACUGUCCACGACAAUUAUUGGUCACGCCUCACGCGGUUACUGUGUCAUCCAACUCCAUUACACAUUC